UGAUUUUCUAGUAAUAUUUUGUGGUAAUAUAUUUAUACAAUAAAAAAUGAAUUAAACAUUUUCCUAAUAAUUGCAUAUCAUUCCACCAACAAAGAAUCAAUUUUUUGGGAAAGAACCAAUUCCAAAUGAUUAAUACAUUUGUAAUACAAGUCUAUUCCUUCAUAAUAUGUUGCAAUUUUUAUUUUGUAUUCACGAUUUACUCUAUCAAACGUCUUAAGGGCUAGGCAUCUGUUCAAUUAUUAGAAAGAAAUACUUCUAUCAAUAUUUUUGUGCUUGUUUCAUACCCGAAUAAUUAUCAACUAUUCGCCUUCUUUUUCUACCUGUAUACGAUCGGUUAAUAAUUGCAUCACAGAUACAUCACAGAUUAAUGUUUCUAUUUUUUAAGCAAACUAAAUGAAUCUGAAAUUAUGAAUUACACAUUAACAUUAACAAAUUUAUCAUUGUUCAGCAUACUUAUGCAAAACUCUUGUGAAAGCAUUCAAUGCUGUUAAUCUAUCAAGAGUAACUUUAAUGUGUAUCUGUAGAAUUUUUUGCAAUGCGUUUACAAAUUUCAAAGUAGAUGACACAAGUAUGUGUAACCAUAUAUAUAAUACAAUAUUCAUAAAAAGCAGUUAACACGAUAUAAUAAUAAUAAUAAAAUGUGUAAGAGUAUACGUAAAGUAUACAAAGAAAAAGGGGAUGAAAAGAGACCAAGGGACACGAUUCGUAAGAAUUUUGUAUUUAUGUAUGUAUAGGUACGUGUAGGUUAAAGUUAAAUGAUGAAACGUAGGUAAAACAGGAUGUAUUAUUCCUUUGUAGAUAGAAAAUUUAUUUAACGUCUGGUAUUGAUAAUCUUUACUUUGAUUAUUGUCUAAAAAUGGAUUUGAAUUUAUCAGUAUGAUUUUGCAAUUAUCGAUGCAGAUGUAAACUUGUCUUUUAUACUUAUUAUUGACACAUAAUUGUUUAUUUCGUGUUAUGGAAAAUUAAUUCUAUCUCAUUGUAUUAUGUGUCCCAAGCGAUUGUUAAUUAAUUUAAUCUGGAGAAAUACCAGAGAGUUAUAUAAGGACUUUAAUCAUCGAUAGAUGGUAAUUCAAUGUUGUGAAAAUACUCGAUCUUGCAUUAAGUAUAGUUAUUCGAAAUUAUUGAAUGAUUUAAAAGAAACGUUAGUGCAUCACAUACACACAUACAUAGGUGGCGAAAUAUGCUUUUCAUCAAACACUAACAUAUUCAAAUUGUACCUGUUUCAUGUAGGAAGCAUCGGGAUAUUAUCACAACAUCACUUUAUCAUACAUAUGUACAUAUUAUUAUAUAAAUUGUAUUGUGAUUACAGAGCGUGUGAUAUACAAUAAUAUUAUUGAAUAUUAAUAAUAAUUGAUUUUUCUAUACUUUUUUAUAUUAUAUUUGUCAAAUUGCACGCAUGAAACCGUAAUGAAAGGAAGAAAAUGAAUGUUCCAUUAUACAGGCACAAUCGACCGCAUUAUCGGAAAAUAAAUAAUGCUGCGCACGCUCCUUAAAGGGAAGUUGAUUUUCAUAGUACCCGGCAGCUAACGCAAGUCAUAACCAUAACAGAACGCUGCGAGGGGGUUGUUCAGUGUCGCCUUGACAGCAGCCGGAGUUAGAGUUGGAUCUGUUUUUCUUCUAUCGUAUUCAUGCGCGUUGUCUAACAGCUUAACCAACGAUCUACUCUAUUACACAUCUUAGACUAAAAUCUACUACUGAUUAUAUUUUUCUUCUGCUGACAAUGAGAUUGGAAUGCUGUGUAAAAAACAUACUUUUACGAUGCCAAGACGAAGGAAAAUUGUGAAAUUAAUUUAAAUUGUAUCUAACGUGGCGCAUAAAUUGCUGAAAACAAAACAAAAAGAAAGCGGAAAAGAGCUGACGAGAAGGGAAAGCAAGCAGAAACAAGAAUAUUACACAUUCACCAAUGGCUCUUUGAAUUAGCAUUUAUCUACUUUAUUCGCAUUCGCAUUGUAUUCCUAUUCAUAUUCGUAUUCGCAUUUGCGAUCUCAAAAUCAAAUUACAGCAAGAUAAAGAAAUUUUGUAAAAUGGCAGAUCAUGAAAGAAUUAGAUUGGUGGUAUUAGGUGGUGCCGGUGUUGGGAAAAGCGCAAUUAUACGUCGUUUACUUGGGCAAGGAUUCAGCGAAAGGUAUAGGCCUACCGUCGAAGACCUCUAUUCGAGGGAAUGCGUUCUCGGUACACUCACUCUCAAAGUCGAUCUUCUGGAUACCGCUGGAGAUUUGCAGUUUCCAGCUAUGAGAAGGUUGAGCAUAGCUACGGCACAUGCGUUUCUUCUUGUUUAUGCCACAACAUCGUUACCAAGCUUCGAAUGCGUAAAGCGAUGUUUCGAAGAAGUCAGAGAACAACGACCAGAUUUUCAGGAAGUACCGAUAGUCGUUGCGGGAAACAAAGUGGAUCUUGCAACGAUGCGAAGAGAAGUACCAAUCGAAGACGUGAGUGAAUGGUUAUUUUGUGAAUUGCCGAAACUUCGUGCCAAAGUAAUGGAAUGUUCAGCUAAAGACGAUUAUAACGUCAAAGAUAUUUUCCGAUGUUUCGUCACUUUAUCCAAGAUAGUGCCAAAGAAUCAUGUUGGCGAAUCAGACGAAUCAGCCCUUCGACGAAGAUGUUCGGCGUACGGAUCGCGCAGAAGCGAUCGAGUCGGUAGGUCUGGAAGUCCACAUGGCAGAACCGGAAGCGCCGGCUCUGUUGGCAAUUCUCAGCAACUGGUCGCAGCACAAAGUUCAAAUGUCGUCACUGUCAAUGAGGAAGCGAAGAGCAAACCGCGCAGUCGUAGCUUGAUUCGACGCACUUCGCGAAAAACCAAACAACAAAUUAGAGACACUUAUACGGAUGACUGCAAUAUCUCGUAAUUUUCACCCUCUCUCCACUUCUCUCUCUCUCUCUCUCUCUCUCGCUUGCUUGCGCUCUUUCCCUUUCUCCCCCCCCCUCUCCCCCUUCUAUCUACCUACAGUACCGAACAAGAUUACAAGACAUUUUGCAUAUUUGAAUAUUUCGUAUAUUUAAAAGAAGAAAAUGUACACUUUAUACAUCCUAAAUGUUGCUUACUAUCUCCAGAGUGCAGACAUAAAAUCUUAAAUCCGUAAUAUGAUAUACAACGUAAAAGUUAGGAAAAGAAAUGUGAAUUUGGAUUAUAAUUUUAGUCAGACAAAAUUAUAAGAUACUUGGCAUAUUUUUCAUUUGACGAUUUUUUUAGUAUUUUAUCCGGUUGCGAGCAGACACAAAAAUGAAAUUUCAUCAUCUAAUUAUAAUAUUAGAAUUUGUUAUAAUAUUAUUUAAAAGAAAAAGAAAUUCUCAAAUUUGUACUUAUUUCCCUCACUCUUAUGUUAUAAGCAUCAUAUUAUAUGAACUGGUUUUGUAUGCUUACUUUGGAGAUAAUAUGAAACAUGUAGGGUGUAUGUAUAUUCCCUUCUUUUAAAUAUAUGAAAUGUCUUGUAAUUUUAUCCAAUACUGUAACCAUAUAUUUAUCUAUCUCUAUCUUUCUCCAGCCAUUCCCUAUUUUACUCACCUUUUACGUGUAAUUGUUUAACUCUUUGUGUAUAUCUUGUCGCAAGGUUCGCUAAUGAAACGAUAUCAUAGUAUGUACUGCGUAUCGUGUACGUUCGAUCAUUUUCGUUUUCGCAUUAAAUAAAUAGCACGAAUCUGAUACGAUACGUAAAAGCACUCUCAUCUCGUAUGCGAUAGCAUCUCAUAAGAUAGCAACAAAAAAUAUACUAAUGUCAAUAAAAGAUUUUGCCACUCUUGGUCGUAUACAGUAAUUAUAAAAAAAGGACCAAAUUUUCCAGUUUUAAUAAUUAUAAUGUACUUAAAAACAAUAUUUCGCGUUUUCUUUCCUCAAUUUUGUUAUCUUUAGAAAAAAGUAAAAACCAAUGGACCAAUCAAAACUCAUCCCACUCUCCCUCUUCUCUUUCCUCUACUAAAGGAUUUUCAUUUAUUCAUAUUUUUUAUCUAUUUUAAACCAGUCCGUCCGUUUAUACGUUGAUAUUUUCACAUCUUAAAAUGUGUAACAAUUGUCUGUUCGUUAAAAAUUGUCUGAAGCACUUUAUAUCAUUCUGUCUUUAUAUGCGUGUACGUACGCAUGAAUACGUAUACUACUGCGCGUACGCUACAUAUUGAAUACCAUGUGUGUUAAAUUUAGAAAUGUGUAUACACCAUCAAAACAGUCCGAUAUCGGUAUAUGGAAAGCGUGGGACUACUACGUAUGGUAUAUAAAACAAAACUUUCAAUAUUUAUAUCAAGUCGAUCUUUUUAAGUGAUCCUGCUUCAAUUCUUUCACCAAGCAUGCAAAAGUUAUACUUACUAAAUAUUUCAGCAAUGUCGACGAAUAAUGAACAGAAGAAUAUUUUUUCUAUUAACUGUUCUGAGAGCUACUUUCAUGAGUUGAAACAUAUAUAAAUUUAACUAUGCAUAUUACGGCAGAAGUGUGGCCGUGAAUCGUGCAUUGCAUAUCGUGUUUUGCAUUAGAAAAAGAAAAUUAUUGUCGUAACGAUACAAACAACACGAAUUAAAGGACAAAUAACUCAUCACAUAUCGAAACCAAAUGUGUUUGGAAAAAACACGAAAUAUAAAUACGACAUGUACAAUUUUUUAACAGGCUGUAUUAGUUACAAAGUUGUUGUAAGUACUACAGAUAUUAUAUUCCUAAUAUAAUUAUAUAUCUAAAUAUAAUUAAAUGCGCGCGGGUGUAUGUGUGUAUGUAUAAUAUAUGUACAAUACAAAAAUAUUUUACAAAUGAAAAUAUAUCAAAUGAAUAAAUAUGAAAACAGCUAAACAACAUUCUAAUUGUAACACAUUAUAACUUUUAAAUAUAUAGUUGGUGUUAUAGUUGGUUUUAUAUUACAAUAGAAUCGAAUUGUGUUACUAUUUGAAGAAUACAGUCAGAGAAAAGAGCAAAAGCUCACGAUGAAAUUGUAGUAACAUUGGAAUUUGUGUCCGAAUUACAGCCAUUAUCGAUUCCUUCAAAUAAAUACUUGUAAUGUUGGAUGUAAGGCUGAUAGCGUUCCCCUUUUGUAAAGCCUGUAGCAUUGUAUAAAUAUAAAUUACGCUGUUUAAAAAAUUUGAAAACCGAAUAAAAGAGCGUUGCGUCUCCA